UGCUAGGACUCUCUCAUAGAUGGAUGAUUUUGCCCUAAACUCACAGCACAGUGUUACUCACGCGAUUGAUCAACGAUGUGACCGCAGACUAUAAAAUUGUCAGUGCAAUUUGGCAAAUUGGAGCUGAGUGAGUGAGUGGCAUAAAUAUUUCGUAAGUCUUACUUUGGAAUGAUUGAAGAAAACCCAAAUUUACCAUUGAGAACUGAUUAGUAAUAUGAACAGUAUAGAGGAGCGUUACCUAGGCAUCCAGGGCCUGGCGUGUACAUUAAAGGUGCGAGGCUUUAAUGGUGGUGUGGAAUGGCAGGGAAAAGGUUAAGGAGUCGCAGCCGGGUUGAGAAGGAACAUCUGCAUCCAUCACUGUGGUCCCAAACCAUGAAUAUUGUGGGCCAGUUGGCAGAGACUGUGUAUGUGACAGUCAAGGAGCUGUAUUCUGGCCUUAACCCUGCCACUCUCACUGGUGGGAUUGAUGUCAUCGUGGUGCGACAACCAGAUGGGGCGUUCCAGUGUUCCCCCUUUCAUGUCCGCUUUGGCAAAAUGGGUGUGCUUCGCUCCAAGGAGAAAGUUGUGGACAUUGAAAUAAAUGGAGAAUCAGUGGACCUGCACAUGAAACUAGGGGACAACGGUGAAGCUUUUUUUGUUGAACAAAAUGAAAACUUGGAGGCCGAAGUUCCAGCCCAUCUUUGCACUUCGCCAAUUCCUCUUGAUGCCCCAGAAGACACAGAGGAUACCACUGACGCAUCCUCUCUUUCUGGUUCCGGCACCCGCAGGAAGAGGCGUCGUCGUAAACGCGUGCGCUCAGAUAGUUACCAAAGAGAAGAGGGCAGCUCCUCUGCGGAUGAGCAAGAAAAAGACAAGGAGUGGGAGAGAGAUUAUAGCGGACAAGAGAGUCUAGAUAAACAUACCACACCGUUGCAAGUCAGUAAGUCAGUGUACUACUCACUGUCUGAGGAGCCAACUGAGAAGGAGCUGGGGCUCAAAGAUACUCAUCGACACUCAGAUGGAGACCAAUCACCUGUAGAAAAUGUGUUCGACAGCCGCCCAUCCUCUCCAAAGAGUGACUCUGAGCUUGUGGUUAAAAACCAUGAGUCCUCUGGGUUACUGAUGCAGUGGAACUGGGGAGGCUUUCCCAUGCCACGUCAAUCGGAAAGAUCAUCAGUGGCGUUCCAGCACUCUGAAUCGUCUCAUUUUCGCACCAUUCAGAGGCAAGACUCCUUUGACAUGGGCAAUGAGUCUGUGAACGGCUGUAGCAGAGAGGGCCGGGUUACUGUGGUCAGACCACAACCCAGGUCUCAGUCUCUAGACUUGAGUAACUACGCCUUAGAAACGAUGCCUCUGACCUUUGAUAAACCCCUUACCUUUACCAGUUCAACCCUUAGUGACCUGUCAAAGUCGUUAACAGAGAGGGAUGAGACUGAAGCCCUUGCCCAUGAAGAUGGUACAGUCAGUAUUGCCCAUGUUGGUGGCAUUAAUGAUGCAGCUGAUGACCAAGCUAAUAAUAACAGUCAGCCAAUUAAAGAAAGCCAAGACGCUUUGAUCGAGACAAACGUUGCAAACAACGGAAGCAUCGUUUGGGCAGAAUCCUCAAAUACGCAUCAGACUGAGCACAGUCCACAAGGCUGCACUGGUGGCGACUCUGUCAGUGAGAGCGACAGUAGGAUAGAUCCCUGUGCCGAGAGAGGGGAGGAGGAUGAAGUGGCGGACUUUGCUUCUCCAAAAGCUGACGCUAAAGAGAAUCGGGUCAGCUGGAUUGCUGCUGAGGAGUUGAUAAACUGCACUGAGUUAACAACCAAACAGGAGCAACAAGGGAAAAAGAAGGGCAGACGUAAUCAUCAUCUUGGACCAACAGGCAUUUACCUGGAUGAUCUGACUUCACUCGAUCCUGAGGUUGCAGCGCUCUACUUCCCGAAGAGUGAAACAGAGAGUUGCCCCCCACCUGUCAUAGAGCAAGGCUCUGGCUCAGCAAGUCAGUCACCGCAAUCUGUGGGCGCGCUGGACAGCGGUACUGAAUACCUGUCAGAUUCUGCCUCCUGCGCCACAGAGGUUCGCAUGUCCCUCUGUGGACAAGUGGGUGACACCAGCCAAAUCACUAAAGAGAAGUUUUUAGAGCACUCUGUGUCAUACCAAGACUUUGUCACCAAUCCAGGAAUCAUUGAUGACCCUAACCUAGUGAUAUAUAUCAACUCCAACUAUUAUAACUGGGCAGUGGCUGCUCCAAUGGUCUUGUCGAUGACGGCUUUCCAGAGGAAUUUACCCAAGAGUACAGUUGAGAGCCUAGUGAAGGACAAAAUGCCCAAAAAGUCUGGACGCUGGUGGUUCUCCUGGAGGAGACGAGACUUGGACAACAACCAGCAAGACCCUUCAAAGAAGGACGAGGAGGAGAUAUUGCAUGGGGAUCCCAGCACAGUCAUAGCCACACUUGAGGAUGAGGGCGGUGAUGUGGUGGCAGGGGUUGCUCAAAAAGCUGUCAUUACUUCAAGCUUGUCGACAGACACACUUCGUACGACUCAGUGUCUCUCUCAGAUGUACUGCAAAUCACUUCGUCUGACAUCUGAAAAGAUAGAGAACCUGAAUCUGCGUGAAGGAGCUAACAAGGUGAUAUUCAGUGUGACCACCCAGUACCAGGGCACCUGUCGCUGUGAGGCUGCCAUCUAUUUGUGGAACUGGGACGAUCGCAUCAUUAUAUCAGAUAUAGACGGCACCAUCACAAAGUCUGAUGCUCUGGGACACAUCCUGCCUCAGUUUGGCAAAGACUGGACACACAAAGACAUUGCUAAACUUUACCACAAAAUUCACCAAAAUGGCUAUAAGUUCCUGUAUUGUUCUGCGCGGGCUAUAGGCAUGUCUGCCAUCACUAAGAACUACCUGCAGUGGGUCAACGACAACGGCACUGUUCUUCCAAAAGGCCCGGUACUGCUGGCCCCAAGCAGCCUCUUUUCUGCACUGCACAGGGAGGUGAUUGAGAAGAAGCCAGAGGUGUUUAAAAUCGCCUGUCUCAGUGACAUCAGAGACCUCUUCAACCCCAAGAGACAGCCUUUCUACGCCGCCUUUGGCAACAGGACCAAUGAUGCUUACGCUUACACGCAGGUGGGGGUGCUCAACACCAGGAUAUUUACCGUCAAUCCUAAAGGAGAGCUUAUCCAAGAGUUGACCAAAGGAAACAAGUCCUCGUACACCCACCUCGGUGAGUUGGUAGAGCAUUUCUUCCCUGAGGUUGGCGGGAGCAGCUCUUCUGCCUUUUUGUGUCCUGAGUUCAGCAGCGUCACCUAUUGGAAGGAGCCACUGCCAGAACUGGACCUUUACACACUACUGUAGACACACCAUCCUUAUGCUCUGCAUACAUAACCAUUAUCUGCCUUAAUAUUUACAGCAACGUGUUGCAACACAUUUUCUGCAGCAUGCCAAAUAACCUUUGAUAUUUACAGCAACGUGUUGCAACACAUUUUCUGCAGCAUGCCAGAUAACCUUUGAUGGAAUUCACUGUGGUGUUACUGAGAUGCUUUAUGGCAACAUUCUCCAUUAAGUGAUAGCUGAAUUAAGUGAGAGCUGAACCACGUCUGCAUAAAGCAUUAAUUACACUACUCAGGCUGACUCAUGUUCAAAUACAACGUUGCCGACAAUCAAUCCAUUGUUAAUCGUAAAUAUGCAAAUUUUCAUGAAAUAUAUAAUAUAAUAAUAUAUAUUAUAUAUUAUGUUAUUCGUUGUGCUGAUAUUCAUUCCAAUUAUUUGUGCAUGGCACCUGUCACAUUGUCUCACAUAUCAGCUCAAAGCAUGGGACGAAAAUAGUGCUAAUGCCAAAUUUGUAGCUACUAUUGCUACUUAUUUUUUUAUUUUUUUUAUUUUGUGAUGGGACCAUCUGAAGCCCAGAGCAGUGAUGGGAGCUUCCUGUUAUGUAGACAUGAGAGUGUGAUAUUGAAUAUUAAUAAGAUCUUUAUUCUUAUCCUUAUUGAUAUUCUGUGUGGUUGGGAGGAUUUUAUAGAUGCAUGCAUGGGUGUGGAGUUGUAUACCAUAAGUGUUUUGGCAUCUACUAUUCUACUUUAUAUUUUUCUGAG